AUGGUGCAUGCGUGGGAGAUGCAGUUGAGGAUAUCGCACAUUUACCAUGAAGGCAAUAAAAGUUCAGAUGGCCUUGCAAACUUUGGUUUUGAUGUAAGACAUGAUCGUUGUCGGUUUGAUGCUAUAGCUGAUUGUAUAAAGGAUAGCUUCUUUAGGAAUAGAUUUAUGAUUGAUGUAAUUAGAGGUUUUAACCUUGUUGGGACGUCUUUGUUCCAUAGUGAUGCCUAG